AUGAACGAAGAAGAAUUUUUACGACAAGACUUUUCGCUCAAUGAGUAUUUGGGCAAAAUACUGGCAGACUCUUCUGGAGAAUGCUCUCGCCUGAAGGAUAAACAUAUCCGCAUCCUAUCCAAGCACUCAGAGGCGCUGUCAGAGGAAGUGCUCCAUAAAAAAGACAAAAUAAGGGACGGGCUAGUGACGCUUUCUUUGCUCAUCCAGGAGGCCAAGAGAAUUUCAAAAGAGCUCCCAGACCUUUUUCUUCCGCUUUCCGAGGGGUCAUCUAGGAAGAUAGACAACGAAAUGCACAAAGAGUUGGAGGAUGAAAUUGAAAAAAUGAACGGAGACCCUUCGUUAGCACGAGGAAGAGUGCUGAAACACAAAGAAAUAAUCACAAUAAAAAUUGAUGGAGAAGUGCACUCUGGGAUACUUUUGAUAAGCGAGGACAUAAUAGUCAUUGGCGUAGACGAUAAAAGCACAAAUGGAAGAGAGUUCUACAAUGCCCUGCUGAUCAAGGAGGUGUCCUGUGACAUUGAAGAAAGCGUGCUGGCUAUUUCUCUUCCUCCCGUGAGAGUUGAGAUCGUAAAGGCAGAAAGCGCGUUCAAAGAUCUGAGGAGCAAAAUAUUUGGAGGAAGAAGCAGAGAUAGGAAAACAGCAAAAACACCAAAUAAAUUGCCCAAUGUAGAAAUAACGGAUACAGUAGACAAUCUGGAGUAUAAAAACUAUCUUCUGCGGAUAGGCAGGCUAGAGAGCAUUGAAAAUCCCUCCAUUCCCGACAUUAUAGCAGAGAUCAGAUCCAUCUACAGAAUGAGCGAGUGGAAGGGCUGCACUUCUCUUCUUAAGCUGCUCAAGAAAAUGAGCCCGGUUGAAGCCGUUAAACUGUACUGCGAGAUAGAAGGGCACAAAAUAACAAAAACCAUCACGGGGAUAGUCCACACACGAGAGACAUGCGAUGCAAUAAUAGAAAAACUGCACGAACUAAUGAAAAACUACAUCAGAGCAAUAGAAAAAGUGUUUCCAGAGAGCGAUGCAUCCCCCUUCCUGUCUCUUCAUUUGGAAAGUAUCCAUCAAGUGGCAGCUGAAAUGGUCUACAAACUGUUCUACCAGUCAGACUCAAAAAAAGAUCUGAUGGAAGGGCACAAUACACUAACAGACAAGCUAAAGAAAGCGUUUGAAUACGAUGGAUACUCGUACGGCUACACAGUAAAGGUAGAAAACGAAAUAAAAAAAAGUGUGCUAAAAGAGAGAUACAUCUUCAAUAAACACGUAAUGAGCUAUGUCUUCAAGAAAGUAUAA